GAACGCACGUUAUUUAAGGGUCAUGCGCGGAGCAAUCCCAAAACGUGACAAGCUCAAAGGCCUGCCUGCGUGAACCGCGUCAGCUUACGUUUCACAAACUGCGCAGUCACGCCAAUAGUGAUCAUAUUCUAUGCUAAAAGAUUGUGCGCUACAUAGCAUGGUUUCAUGAGUCUGCUGUUCUAACCACUGGUGAGGUAAGAAGAGACACCGAUGGUGGGUUUGCGGAAACCGCAAGCACUCAGUGCCCCUGGAUCGCGCUUUGUGAACACGGAACAGCGAAUACAUUCCCGGUUAACUGCGUGAGCAAACGUGAAGCACAAAGCGACUGCUGUACCUGAUGCCUUGCCUUUCAGACCGUAGCACGAUGACGCCAUUCUGAAGAAGGCCCGACGAUACCACCGACUACGUGAAGGAACCAUGGGCACCAGCGACAUACAAUGCCCUCUGGGCGUACGCGACAUCCCGGGAAAGUACGCGCACAUCUUCCGCAAGAAGAGGACCUGGGAGCUGGUGAUGCUCAGCGGAGCCGUGUGCGGCAUCGAGCUGUGCUACGCCGCCGAGACGGCCUUCAUCGGCCCCAUACUGCUGGGCCUCGGGAUACCCAUCUCGUUCGUGGCGCUGACCAUGUGCCUCAGCCCAGCGCUGGGCUUCUUCAUCACGCCGCUGCUGGGCUCAAUGAGCGACACCUGCGCGUCCCGCUUCGGCCGGCGGCGGCCUUUCAUCGUGCUCCUCUCGCUGGGCAUGCUGCUGGGCCUGAUACUCCUGCCCAACGGCCAGGACUUUGGCAUAGCGCUCGGCGACAGCGGCAUGGACGAGGAACAUCUAGGAAAAGGCAGCGUCGUGAUUCCGGUGGGGAACUCUGCGAACGUUCUUACUUUGCCUCCGAGCAACUCGACUGACGGGAAUGACCCAAACCAUGGCUGGUCCACGCACAGCCGGGGCAUCGCGUUCACCAUCGCGGGCUUCGUAUUUUUGGACAUGUGCUGCGACGCGUGCCAAUCGCCGGCCAGGAGCUACGUCCUCGACGUCACAAUCGUGCCGGACCACGCGCGGGCGCUGUCCAUGUUCACCGUUCUGUCGGGCCUCUCUGGCGCGAUCGGCUACGUCAUGGGAGGCAUCGACUGGGAAAGCACGGCGGUCGGAGCCAGUCUCGGCGGGCACGUCAAGACCGUGUUCGGCAUCGUCGGCGCAUUCUUCGUCGUCUGCAUCUUGCUGACCCUCGCGAGCUUCCGCGAGAUGCCGCUGCACGUCGUUAGGGCGGCCACGGCGGCUGGGUACUUUGACCAAGACGGAAGCCGCGGUGACUAUGAGAGGUUCACCAACGACGAGGCCAGCGGAUGCGAGGAGACAGAAAGCAUGGAGCUCGCGAGGCGCAAGGCGAACAGUCCCUUCAAAGACGGAGACAAGAGCGCGGAAGAAGAGGCGCCCCCUACGAUGAAGGCUUACCUCCUAUCCAUAAUCUACAUGCCCAGGUCUAUGAUGUUGCUGUGUAUAACCAACCUGUUCUGCUGGAUGGCACUGGUCAGCUACUCGCUGUUUCUCACGGACUUCGUGGGCGCCGUGGUUUACGGGGGAGACCCUAUGGCGCACAUGGGCACAGAGUCCUAUCGUCUCUACCAGAGCGGAGUGCGACUGGGUUGUUUCGGCCUGGCCAUCGACUCUGUCACCUGUGCGCUUUACUCCCUCUUCAUCGAGAAGCUUGUGAACCGCUUUGGUGCCAAGCCAAUAUACGUCUUAGGCCAGGCGGCCUACUGCGUGGGCGUGGCUCUGCUUGCCAUUUUCCGCACCAAGGCAGCCGUGCUACUGGUGUCCCCCGCGGCGGGUCUCUUGUACGCCACCCAGUUCACGAUGCCUUUCAUCCUGGUGGCGCACUACCACAGCUCGAAAAUGGUGGAGGCUGGCGCCGACUGGUCCGAGCGCGGCCUGGGCACCGAUAUCGCGCUCGUUAGCAGCAUGAUGUUUCCGGCGCAGUUGCUUCUGUCGCUGUUCGCUGGGCCCAUGGUUCGACUCUUCGGAGGCACGCCGACUGUCAUCAUGUACGGCGCGGCGCUGGUCAGCGCUUGCGGGGCGCUGUGCGCCACGCGCGUCAUCUACCACAAAUUGCGCUGAACGUUAUACCACGGAGGUGUGAACGCUUUGUGUGGCGCGACCCCGCGGGACAUACAUCGGCGCCGUGACCUGAAGCCACGUGCGUGUGACCACUGCAAUUGACGGGAGAGGGCACACGCGCCUAAAGCGCAAGAAGAGCGGCAUGCUGCGCUUCAGCCGUUUCUUCCCCAGAAACUCAAUUUUUGAAGCAAAGUGAGAGUUUACGGACGGUAAUGUAGAACCGGUUUCAUUGACAGUCGACUGUUUGUCACCUACCGCGUUUCCAGGUUGCGCGUUUGGAUUGAUACCUUUGCUCUCCAACUUGCGAAGAAUUAUGCGUGCCUCUUUCUCCUUUUAUUCCCUUUACCCCUUUCCCCAGCACAGGGUAGCCAGCCGGUAUUUACACUGGAUAACCUCCCUGUCUUUCCUUCCUUUUCGUCUCUCUCUCUCUUUGAACGUGCCAUACACCGCUUCCAAACGACAGUGCAGCUUACCGCAGAUGUUUUUCAUCGGCUGGCCUUCUCCCCGGCAGUUAUCGAGGUUUCAUUAAACGGUACAGCCAUAUCCCAUCUCACCUGAUAGAUAUGUAUAUAAGUAUGCGUCGCCGCUGAAUAAUUGUCUUUAUUUACCAGAGCAUCACAAAGUUUACAUACCGAACAUAGCCAUCUGCAGUUAUCUCCUGAAUGAUGAGAGUUGCGGCACGCCUAUGCGCUCCAUUCGCACCGCUAGUCGCAUUUGACAAGUAGUAACCUAAACACAACAAAUGUCUGCUUGUAGCACAGCCCAUGAUAGCCCCGUUCGAGCUCGUAAACGUUAUUCUAAACGAACUCAUUAAUUUGUUAUCAUUAGGACCUAACUUUCAAAAGCAUCGUCGCCACCUGCUUAAAACGUGCAAGCAAACAGAAAUGAAUGAAAGCAAAGAACAGCGACCUCUGUUCCAGGCAGCCAACUUUAAUUUACACAAGCAUACGAGUGCAUCUGUGAUGUAUAUAGCUCAGGAACACCGCCUGCUUAUAUAGAAUGUGUUGUGAAGCGUUAGGCGCGCUCACUACACCAGCUCACAUAUUCAUGCAUUCCGCAUAUUGAGCGCCUAACAGCACGGAUGCAGAUUUGGAAGCGUUGGUCGCACGGUUAGAUAUUCGGCGACGCUGUCUGAAGAUAUGACCCAACGUGAAGCAAGUGCAUGAAACUGAUGCUAAAACAGCAUAUUUGCACAUCAUUUACGGGCAUUGUUACGUAUAAAUGGCACCGACAGGGUUCACGUUAGUUCCGGUCUUGCGUUCAUUAGGACCGCGACAAUAUCACUUACAAUAAAAAAGAAUGCUUUGCUAAACUGUAAGCGGCCCGUACUUAGAUGCUGACAGGUAAACGCGUGGAUCAUAAGGCAGACGAGGAGUAUCCGUACCUUCAUGUGCUUCUAUGAAAGACGCGAGUCACCAACGAGUGCAAUAUGCAACUCUUUAUAGUUUCGUCUGCGGAUGAUCUCUCCAGCGCUGCGCUCACUACAUAAUUACAAGUUAAUGGCAGUGCCAAGUUGUAAGAUUACCACUGCAGUAAACAAGCCAACACGUCUAUACCGGCCCUGUUCUGUACGUUUUUGCGCAUCCGGAAACGGCCACAUACUCCAUAUUCCGAGGUUGAAGUAUAUAUAUAGGUGUGCAAAGGAUGCUCGCAAAUAACGUAUUUCCUCGCCGCCAUGCGACUCCCGUACAUGGUUGAGGGAAGUACCGUUCCAUGCGUUGCUGUGUUCAAAGGUACCGUUAACCUGUGUUCAAAGGUACCAGCACAAAGAGGGCAUUGGUCAAACCUAGUCUCGGCAGUGAAUUAUGCCUAGGCGCUGUUGCGUCGUGGCUAGAACUGCUCUCAAUGCGGCGGAGGCGACGCACGAGACGGCGCAAGAAUUCCAUCGAUACGUAGCCCGCUUUCCGCGCAGGGCGGGGGUAAGCUGUCAGGAAACUACGCAACACAGUUGCGACAGUGAACUGUGUUGCAAGCGCGCUGCAUGUGGUGCGCGCUACCCAGAGUCGGUGAUCACAAAAGACGCACCUUCGUCGCGCAACUUCCCGGUUUUAGCCCCUCACCGAGUUUUUAACCACAGAUUUUAGUCAGGCAGCUUCCAUUUUUUUUUGUAACAGCCAUAUUUCGCCCUGUUGUGAAAUAAGUAUUGCACCCCCCUCGGAAAACUUGACUGCAACGGCGCUUUCUGUGAGGUUACGACAAAACGCAGCUGUCAACCUCCGCAUCCGCACAAACAUAAAUUUUACGACGCGCCAAGGAAGGAUUCUAUAGCUUGCUUACCGAAGGCAACCUGGAAAAUCCAGCCAGCCACCCGAGUUCUACGUCCAGAAACUCUGGAUGAGACAAACUCGCGGCCAUAUUUAGAGUACCGCGCAGAGGAAUGUAUCACCCUCGUCGGUAUAGUCAGUGUGGGGAAGUAUUGAGAUGUCGCUGUAAAAUGCGGAAUGCCGCAUGCAUACCUCUGUGAAAACCUGUGUAAGUGUUGCGUUAAUAUACCAGAAUGUGCCAAAAGGGCGGAAAUGUGCCCCAACGUAGCGUUUACAGUAUUCACAUGUGUUUCCGGUGUCGUUUGUGUGUUUAUCUGUGUCUCCGUUUCGUUCUCGUAAAUUGUUCGGAAGUAUUGCACAGACGGGGAAGUGCAAGUGUUUACAUUGCGCGCAAAGAAAAACGAAAUAUUUAGCUCCGUGAACGAACCUCAAUGCAUAUGUGUAUGUUUGUCUUGAGUUCCAAAAUAAAAACUACGCGCUUUG